AUGUUCCCUCCGGGUAUCGUUGGUGAACUCGUUGUCGUCGCUUUAAAAGCAGUGGCUGGAAAGCAAGAUCCGUUAUGUGUCUUUCGUCUCGGUGAUGUGGCCAUGAAAACCAAAACCGAUGUACGAGGUGGUCAGAAUCCCAUCUGGGAUGAUCAGGUGAAUUUGCCUGUUCCUGUAGGCGCCACGAAGCUGCAUAUGCAGCUCUUUGAUAAAAACACCAACAUAAGCAAUUUGAUAGCCGAAGGCUACGUAGAUUUAUCAAAGGUGCUGAGAGAAGGAGAACACGACGAUUUCUUUCCAUUGACGUUUCGAGGAAAGCGGGCAGGCGAGAUUUACCUGGAAUUGACAUUUUAUUCAGCCGUAAGCCAUUCUUUUUUUUUCUUAUGCUACAAACGCUAA